AUGAUGCCUAAGAUCUUUGCACCUGUUUACCUGUUAGCCUUCCUCCUCGUCCUCCUCCAGUGUUCAAAGACAGUCACAGAUGCCCCCAUCAGUCCUGGAAUGUGGCUAUGCCAGCUGGCCCCCAGGUGUGGGGAUCGUAUCUACAACCCUUUGAAGUAGUGCUGUGAUGAUGACACCAUCCUGCUUCUGAACCGGACUCGUCUUUGUGGCCCUAACUGUACCUUCUGGCCCUGCUUUGAACUCUGUUGUCCUGAGUCCUUUGGACCUCAGAAGAAGUUUGUUGUGAAGUUGAAGACUAUGGGUAUGAAAUCCAAGUGCUCCUCCUCUCCCAUCUCCAGGAACUGCCCCAGGUAA